UCGUUCUACUGCCCGUGAGUCCGGUAACGCAUUUACGACCCGUCUGGAGUUGCGAAAACGUGACUUUUUGUGUUAAUCAAAAAAUCAGUGAGGAGGCAGACUCAGUUGGAAUUCCAUCCUGAUUUCGUAUCCACACCGGAAGUGAUUGUGUAGAUCCAGAAUGUUCCGCUUGCCGACAGUGUUACGUUGUACCGCCGCCCGCCAGGUUGCCGCCGGCUACCGAGGCUACGCCAAGGAUGUCCGCUUUGGACCGGAGGUGCGCGCCCUGAUGCUGCAGGGCGUGGAUGUGCUGGCCGAUGCCGUCGCCGUCACGAUGGGACCCAAGGGUCGCAACGUCAUCCUGGAGCAGAGCUGGGGCUCGCCCAAGAUCACCAAGGACGGUGUCACCGUAGCCAAGGGUAUCGAGCUGAAGUGCAAGUUCCAGAACAUCGGCGCCAAGCUGGUCCAGGACGUUGCCAACAACACCAACGAGGAAGCCGGAGAUGGCACCACCACGGCCACCGUUUUGGCCCGUGCUAUCGCCAAGGAGGGCUUCGAGAAGAUCUCCAAGGGUGCCAACCCAGUGGAAAUCCGCCGUGGCGUGAUGCUGGCCGUCGAUGCCGUCAAGGAUCACCUGAAGACCAUGUCCCGUGCCGUUACCUCUCCGGAAGAGAUUGCCCAAGUUGCCACCAUCUCGGCCAACGGAGACCGUGCCAUCGGUGAUCUGAUCAGCGAAGCCAUGAAGCGCGUCGGAAAGGAUGGCGUCAUCACCGUUAAGGACGGCAAGACUCUUCAUGACGAACUGGAGAUCAUCGAGGGAAUGAAGUUCGAUCGCGGAUACAUUUCGCCGUACUUUAUCAACUCCAGCAAGGGAGCCAAGGUCGAAUUUCAGGAUGCUCUGGUGCUUUUCUCGGAGAAGAAGAUCUCCAGCGUCCAGUCCAUCAUUCCGGCUCUGGAAUUGGCCAACUCGGCACGCAAACCACUGGUCAUCAUUGCCGAAGAUGUCGAUGGAGAAGCUCUGAGCACGCUGGUCGUGAACAGACUGAAGAUUGGCCUGCAGGUUGCCGCCGUCAAGGCUCCAGGAUUCGGAGAUAACCGCAAGAGCACCCUGUCCGAUAUGGCCAUCAGCACCGGUGGAAUCGUUUUCGGCGAUGAUGCCAACUUGGUCAAGCUGGAGGAUGUGCAGAUGUCCGAUUUGGGACAGGUCGGAGAGAUCACCAUCACCAAGGACGAUUGCAUGAUGCUGAAGGGCAAGGGCGAUUCCAAGCAUGUUGAAGCCCGCGUUGAACAGAUCCGUGACCAGAUCGCCGAAACUACCUCCGAGUACGAGAAGGAAAAGCUGCAGGAACGUUUGGCUCGCCUGUCGUCGGGAGUUGCUGUCCUGAAGAUCGGAGGCUCCAGCGAAGUGGAAGUCAACGAGAAGAAGGACCGCGUCAACGAUGCUCUGUGCGCCACCCGCGCUGCCGUUGAGGAAGGUAUCGUUCCCGGAGGUGGUACUGCCCUGCUCCGUUGCAUCAAGACUUUGGAGAACCUGAAGGGAUCGAACGAGGACCAGAAGGCCGGAAUUGACAUUGUGCGACGUGCUCUGCACCAACCCUGCACUCAGAUUGCCAAGAACGCCGGAGUCGAUGGAUCGGUCGUUGUGGCCAAGGUUCUGGAUCAGCAAGACGACUUCGGUUACGAUGCCCUGAACGGUGAGUACGUGAACAUGAUCGAAAAGGGAAUCAUCGACCCGACCAAGGUCGUCCGAACGGCCUUGACCGAUGCCUCCGGAGUUGCCUCGCUGCUGUCCACCGCCGAGUGCGUCGUGACGGAGGAACCCAAACCGGAAGGUGCCGGAGGUAUGCCAGGCAUGGGCGGUAUGGGAGGAAUGGGCGGCAUGGGAGGUAUGGGUGGAAUGAUGUAAGCUACCUCCUAAUCAACCUGUUAAGAAUAAGCCAGUGUUAAGACUCGUUUAGCCAAUAAGGACAUACACACAAAGCGGAUGAAGCUACUCGGAAGGAUGUCCAAAAAACCUAGCAAGUUCAAAUCGACGGGAGAUCCUUCCGCCUACCUUCGUCUUUCAAACGAAGCAUUUAUGAGACGUCGAUGUUCAAUCUCCUCUCGUGCUAAAUUUUCAUACAGCACGAGAAUAGAUCCUUAUACAUAUUAGUCUAUAAGGGGCAAUGAGCGCCAAUCUUUCCUCCAGCUAGAACAAAGUCUGGUCGGUAACCGCGACGCGCGAUUGUGAUUAGACUGCGUAUGAUAACGUGGUUCAGGCGGUUCAUCAAACAGCAAAGCCGUUGUUUUAAAUUAAAACAACACUCGACACCGAAAUGGAGGACAAAAUCAUCACACGGAACGAUUACCAAACAUUUGUGCGAUGUUUCCUUCCUCGCCCGGAACGUUCGAUGCAGAAAAAUGAGUUUUAAGUACCUACCUAGAGUUCUCCCUUCUGUCGUUAGAAAUCAACUCUCAAUCGUUUCAUUUUUAUUUGAAUCAUGAUUGCUAAUAGGUAAGUUCCUCCAGGUGGUAGUUUAGAAAUUACGACAGAGCAAGGAACAAAACCCCAAAUUUAGGCAACGCAUAGUCAAAGAGUAGCUGUAUAGAUUUUUAUUUCUGAUUUGUGAAAAGGAUUAUCUCUAAUAGUUUGUUGAUCGAUAGAAUGAAGACCGAAUAGUGAUUCUGAGCGUAGGAUGGAUUUUUUGUUUGUGUUAAGGGAAAUAAACUGAAUCGUACUUCUAGUGUAAAAAGAUUUUUGUUGUCAGAAACAGCCAGUGCAAGUAGUAGGUAUAAAGAAAAUUCCAAAUAAUCACUGCUAAUAGGAUCGGUUGAGUGAAGAAUCGCUCACUCAACCAUAAGACACAAAACAUAGGCAACAAAAACCAAGACAACCCAGUUAGAUAAAACAAGAUCAAUGAGAUCGUCAAGAGAAUAUAUACAAUUUUUUAUACAACGGAA